AUGCCUGCUCCAGUGCUCACUACCAAUGGCUCGUCAAGUCAGUUUCAGGUUCAAUCAGUUCCCUCGCACGUUCGUACCAUUUGCUGUAUUGGUGCUGGCUACGUUGGUGGCCCCACCUGCUCCGUAAUCGCAUUCAAGUGUCCCCACAUCAAGGUCAUUAUUGUAGAUGUCAAUCCGGCACGUAUCGCCGCAUGGAACUCGGACGAUCUGCCUGUUUUCGAGCCUAGUCUUGAUGCAGUCGUACGUGAGUGCCGCGGACGAAACCUCUUCUUUUCGACUGACAUCGAUGCGGCGAUCCAGGAAGCCGAUUUGAUCUUUGUCUCUGUCAACACUCCUACAAAGACAUCGGGCGUCGGUAAAGGUUUCGCAGCUGACCUGCACUACGUCGAAGCUUCGACGCGUCGUAUUGCAUCCGUAGCUACGAGUUCUAAGAUUAUCGUAGAAAAGUCAACUGUGCCAUGCCGAACCGCAGCUAGCAUGAGGACCAUCCUCGAGUCAAAUUCGAGCUACACGGCUGAUGGAACCCUGAUCUCAUUCCAGAUUCUCUCCAACCCUGAAUUCUUGGCGGAAGGUACGGCAAUCCGCGACCUGAUGGCACCCGAUCGUGUGCUCAUCGGCUCGCUCGACACACAACAGGGCAAGGCAGCAGCCAAAGCCCUCAGCGAAGUCUAUCAAAACUGGGUCGAUCCAUCCAAGAUCUACGAAACAGGACUCUGGUCUUCGGAGCUCAGCAAGCUUGCCGCUAACGCUCUUCUAGCCCAGCGCAUUUCGAGCAUCAACUCGCUCUCCGCGAUUUGCGAGGCUACGGGUGCCGAUGUAGACGAAGUCGCCCACGCCUGUGGUCUCGAUGGACGUAUCGGGCCGAAAUUCCUCAAAGCAUCGGUCGGGUUCGGCGGAAGCUGUUUCCAAAAGGACAUUCUCAACCUCGUUUACUUGUCCGAGUCGCUCGGACUCAACGAGGUAGCCGACUACUGGCACCAGGUGAUCAAGAUGAACGAAUACUCCAAGUCGAGGUUUGCCCAAAAAGUCGUUUCCACGCUGUUCAACACGAUCACGAUGAAGAAAAUUGCAGUUCUGGGUUUUGCAUUCAAGAAGAAUACCGGUGACACACGUGAAUCAGCGGCGAUCACGCUCUGCAAGUACUUCCGUCAGGAACGUGCCCAGAUCUCUAUCUACGAUCCCAAGGUGACGACAAACCAGAUCAUGCUCGAUCUCACCGAGCCAGGUGUGGUCGAUGAUGUCGAGGCGGUCAAGCAGCAGGUCAAGAUCGCCGGUUCGAUGAAGGAAGCGUGCGAGGACGCCGAGGCGGUCGUCAUUUGCACCGAGUGGGACGAGUUUAGAGAUGCAACAGCACAGGACUGGGAUGAGAUCUACAGAAGCAUGAAGAAGCCCGCUUUUGUGUUUGACGGCAGGGGGAUUGUCGAUGCAAAGGUGCUGAGAAGCGUUGGUUUCAAGGUGCACGCCGUCGGCAAGGGCCCUCUCAUCGUGGACCCAAUUUGGGCUUGA